AUGGGACAAUGUCACCAUAGGCAUGCUAUUGUAUGUGAUGGGGUGAUUAUGAAAUCAGGAUUUGUUCUGGAACCUGAUGUAGUAUUGUCUUCCUUAGAGACAGUGUUGACGAUCUUGCAUGCUGGUGGAAAAUUUGGUGGUGUUAAUAGUGGCUACUCUGUUUCCGGAGGUUUACAUGGUGUUGGCUUAUCUGUUGUUAAUGCCUUGUCUGAGGUAUUAGAGGUAACCGUUUGGCGUGAAGGGUUGGAAUACGCACAAACAUAUUCUCGCAGGAAGCCGGUGACAACUUUGAAUUAUGCCAGCACCUAUCAAUGGUGA